AUGCCCUCUCCCCGCCGGCUGCUGUUCACAGCCCUAUCCCUCAUUUCUAUUAACCCCUCUUUAUCACUUGCAAAGACAACAACCCUGACUCGUGAUGUAUGCAUUAUCGGAGGUGGUGCUUCUGGAUCCUACGCUGCCGUUCGACUGCAGGACCUUGGCUAUAGUGUAGCUCUCAUCGAACAAGAAAACCAACUCGGAGGACACACAAACACCUACACCAAAGAUGACAUCUCGGUCGACUACGGAGUGGUCGACUAUCGCAAGAACAUCUCCGUCGUGGAGGAAUUCUUCGAUCGGCUGGAUAUUGCGUAUGGCGAUUUCAGCGGCGCCGCGAUUUCAUCCAUGAUACGUGCGAAUCUGCGAACUGGGAAGAUACAGAGGAAUUAUACGACGCCUGAUGAGAUUGGCGCUCUCACGCGAUAUUCGAAGAUUGCAGCAAAGUAUCCUGCGUUGGAAUAUGGAUAUUACCUCCCUGACCCUGUGCCUGAGGAUUUGCUAUUGCCCUUUGGGCAGUUUGUCGUCAAGUAUAAUGUGACUGGAGUGAUACCGGUUGUCUUCCACAGCUAUGGGAAUAUCCUCACCCAGACGACGCUGUAUGUAAUGAAGUACUUUGGACCAAAUGCAGUACAGAACCUGGUCAAUGGCUUCUAUGGCACAGCGCACAAGAACAACUCGGAAAUCUACACCAAAGCUGGCGAUAUCCUCGGCGACAAUGUCUUUCUCAACAGCCAUGUUGUCUCCAGCAAAAGAAGUGGCGAUGAGUCUAUCGACUUGACGGUGAAAACACCGUCUGGCAACACAACCAUCCACGCCCGAAAGUUGUUGAUCACCAUCCCACCUCUGCUAUCCAACAUGGACGUCUUCGACCUGGAUACCGCUGAAAAUAACGUCUUCAAGCAAUUUUCAUCGGUCGGAUAUUACACAUCCCUCGUCACAGGAACUGAAAUCGCAGCAAACACCACCCUCUCCAAUGCAGACACCACCCAGCCAUACAACCUUAUGACUCUACCUGGUCUAUACGAGAUCGCCAACACCGAACUGCCAGAGAUAUAUCAAGUCGAAUACGGAAGCACCUCCCCCUUGCCAGAAGAAGAUGUCAAGUCGGAUAUCCUCCAGUCGAUACGGAACUUGAAGAGGACUGGACUCGCCAAUGGGACUGUUGAUCCUAGAUUCGUCGAGUUCCGGUCGCAUACGCCUUAUCUACUAACUGUCCCUCCUGAUGCUAUCAAAGAGGGGUUCUAUAAGAAGCUAUACUCCUUACAAGGCCAUCGGGGGACGUUCUAUACUGGAGCUGCAUUCCAUGCGCAUGAUACAGCACUGUUAUGGCGAUUUACCAAGAGCUUGGUGGGUGACAUUGUAAAGACGCUGUAA